AUGUGGACGGUCCGUAAUCGUCGUCAUCCUGUCGUGGCUACAAGACGGCGUCUCUCGACCUCCCACGCAGUCCGCUCUGCUCCCUGUGCAUUGCGUUCGGUAUUGUGGGCACCUACAGAGAAACGCGCACCUUCAGAUGCAGCAGUCCCAAGCCAUCAGCUGCUAGUACGCGCUGGGUUUGUGCGCAAAAGCGGCCAUGGACUUUUUUCAAUGCUGCCUCUUGGACGACGCGUUAUGGCGAAAUUGGAGGCGUUAAUUGACCAUGAGAUGUCAAAGAUUGGUGGUAAUCGAGUGGAUUUGACAGUCCUGACGCCCAAGGAAGUGUGGAAACAGUCAGGCCGCUGGCAAAGUCGGGGGACCGGAGCUCAUGACGUUCAAGGAUCGACAUGA